GGCCUCUCGCCCAUCGCUGCAUCUUUCUGCGGCCUCUCCCCUCUCACGGCCUAACCUCCGUGUCCUGGAAAGCACCAUGAUGAAUCUGAGCCUGCUCGACGUCAAGACGGACUACACUUCCCACAAGGCCACGGGGCUGCUGUCUCCGGGGGUCACCGUGGCAACUAGGACCCUGGCGCUGCUGGCGUGCGUGCUGCUGGUCGCUUGGAGCCACACUGAAAAGAAGAAGAAGACAACAGUACCAGGUCCUCUGUUCCUCCUGGGUCUGGGGCCUGUGCUCUCAUACCUCAGAUUCAUUUGGACCGGUAUCGGCACGGCCAGCAACUAUUACAACCUGAAGUACGGAGACAUCGUAAGGGUCUGGAUCGACGGAGAGGAGACCCUGGUCAUCAGCAGGUCGUCGGCUGUGCAUCAUGUUCUGAAGAGUUCCAACUACACGUCUCGCUUUGGGAGCAAGCUGGGGCUGGGGUGCCUGGGGAUGCACGAGAGAGGGAUUAUUUUUAACAACAACGUCAAUCUGUGGAAGAAGAUACGCGCCUAUUUCAGCAAAGCUCUGACAGGUCCUGGUAUGCAGCACACAGUCGACAUCUGUGCCUCAUCCACUCAGACUCACCUGGAGGAGCUAAAGGACCUGACCUCUGACCCUCAGGGGCUGCUGGAGCGUGUGGACGUCAUGAGGUUUCUGCGUGCCACUGUGGUCGACAUCUCCAACAGACUGUUCCUGGAUGUGCCCAUCAAUGAGAAGGAGCUGCUGCACAAGAUCCACAAGUAUUUUGAGACUUGGCAGGCAGUUCUGAUCAAACCAGACAUUUACUUCAGACUGGACUGGAUCCACAAGAAACACAAGUCUGCAGCUCAGGAGCUGCAGGACGCCAUAGAGGAGCUGCUCCAACAGAAGCGCAGGUCCAUGGAGCAGGCCGAUAAACUGGACCAUAUUAACUUCGCUGCAGACCUCAUCUUUGCACAGAACCACGGGGAGCUGUCUGGUGAUAACGUGAGGCAGUGCGUGUUGGAGAUGGUCAUCGCGGCUCCAGACACUCUCUCCAUCAGCCUCUUCUUUAUGCUGCUGCUUCUCAAACAGCACCCCCUAGUGGAGCUACAGCUACUGCAGGAGCUAGACACUGUCAUAGGUAAGAGGCAGCUCCAAAACUCAGACUUGCCGAAUCUGCCGGUGAUGGACGCUUUUAUAAACGAAGGCCUGAGAUUUCACCCCGUUGUGGACUUUUCCAUGAGGCGGACGCUGGCUGAUGAUGUCAUUGACGGCUACAGUGUGCCAAAGGGGACAAACAUCAUCCUGAACACAGGGCGCAUGCACAGGACAGAGUUCUUCAUGAAUCCCAAUGAAUUCAGCUUGGAACACUUUAAGAAAAAUGCUCCUCGACGAUUCUUCCAGCCCUUCGGCUCGGGACCCCGCUCCUGUGUGGGGAAGCACGUUGCCAUGGUGAUGAUGAAGUCGGUCCUGGUGACGCUCCUGUCGCAGUACUCGGUGUGUCCACACGAGGGCCUCACUCUGGACCUCCUGCCCCAGACCAACGACCUGUCCCAGCAGCCCGUGGAGAAAGAGCAAUUCGUCUCCAUGAACUUCCUGCCCCGAAACCGAGCCGUAAGAACCUAAA